AUGUUCAACUACGACAUUGGAACUCCUUGUCCAGCACCAGUCCAUGGCGGGCGUCAAGUCGCGUCGCCGUUGGAUGUAAACAAAAACAAAGGCAUUUUCGACCACGCCUUUGACCAGCUCAACGACAAUACCACCCAAAACAUUGCACAUCUGGUACAACAGGAAUUCAAGAAUGCUCCGCCUCGUAGAACUCAAAAUCUGGCAAGAAAACCUAGACGUGCUCCUACCACCAUGUUUGAGGAUGCCAGCUGCAGCAACAACAACAACCAGCGCGAAUCUUACCGACGCGAUGAGCCCGCUGGAAUGAUGAGGAGCAGUGCCAUUCAUGCUAGACCAGCUCAAAGAAUUCGCAUUCAGUCGACCAAGGAGGAGAAGCCGACCUCUCUUCCAACGAGCAGCAGCAACGAUAUUGCAAACUUCAAGCCUACCAUCAGCACAAACAAGCCUGCAAAUGAAGACAGAAGACGGACUAUCUGGAUUCCUGAGGAUACGACACUAUUAUCCAUCCACCCUGGAGCAUAUGACAACACCCUGCGCGAUGAAACACUUGGCUUACCAUCAAGCAAUCUGGAUAUCACGCCUAUGAAGGAGACCCCCCAACAUGUCCGGUUGGGAGCUAGUGCUAUGAGGCAUGCUCAGAAGAUAGCCUCUGCUUCACAACGUAGCGCUCUCCGUUCUCUAGCUCCAUCUCAACCAAAUGUGUCACACAAUGUGAUGGGUACAGGCGGCGGUAAGGAGAACAUGCUUCCUGGAGCUCUGCUUUCUCGAAAUGGCAAGAGCGAAAAACCCUUGGUCAAACCGCUUAGCAAAGCUGUGCCUCUCUCUACUAGCAAAUCACAGUCAUUGCUAGGGCAGACCACAUUUGCUUCAGCCAAAUCGAGCAGUGUUAAGAAGCGAUCUGCACCAGAGCCGAGGGACGCACCAAAGCCCAAGGUUCAGGCCAGAGCUCUCCAUGAACGAUCCAGUGUCCGCAACGAAGUCCUUCCUCGAUCUACCAAUGUGGAUCCAUUCUCUAGAGAUUUCAAGCACAAACCUCCCACAACCUUGAAACAAACCAGCAAGAUUUCAACAAACAGACCUAUUUCGAACAUUAUCAAACCGAAGGAAGUCUGUCCGCCAUCAAGCACCAUAGCACCAAAAGACAUCAGCCUACCAGAUGUCAAACGAUCCGUAUUCCUUGCCGCGUCGCGUUAUCCCGUUCUGAACGAUGAUCUGGGUCAACCUGAACUUUACGAGGAUAACUGGCUUCAAAAUCAAGAGGUCGCUCUGACACAACUCGUCAAUGUGGUCUUCCAACAAGCGCACGAGUCUCCCGCCGUAAAUGGUGUGGCUGCUCUUCGUAGCAAAAUGUUGACCCUAUAUCAUGACGCGUCAGUGGCCACCCUGCACCAGCGUCUGAAAGCAUCGUUAUCAUGCGGUGCACUCAGCAUGCCAAAGGAUGCGCCCAAUUCUCCCAAGCUUAGAGACGACAUUGGUCUUCGCCGUCAAUUCUUCGACCUCUUUGGCAACACUUAUGAUUCGGACUCUCUGCAAGCCGCUGCCGAGGUGGUAGUUGGACGAGUCAUCGCUCCUGCUGCCAACCCUACACAGUCAAAACUAGGUGCAUCUUCUUCGAGCGGUGUCAAAGAGUGGAAACGUUUCUGUUCGACAUUUUUCGUUGAUCAUGAAGAUUCUGCCGAGCUUCUACAUACUCACAAAUCCGAUGACUCUGCAACACAGCCGGGUACAGCAGAGUGGUUCUGGCAGAGGACUGUAUUACGUGGACUCAUGCUCAUUCACCUGCUUGACCAAGCCAAGACUACCGGCAGCCUACCUACCUGCUUAUUCCAAGCAUCUUCACCUCAUAAAUCUUCCAUCAGCGUACUGCGUGCAUUUGCAAAACUCAUGGUUCCCUCUGUUGGAGACAUUUCUCGCCCUCUUGGACAUCUUGGUUACUCGGUUCGACACAUACAGGAACCGUUGGAAGAAUAUACAUACCGCAUCGAUAAUCUCGCUGUCGACCUUCGUGAUGGUGUUUUGCUUACACACUUUGUCGAACUUUUGUUAUAUCCUUCUAGAAAUUUGGAUGAACAUUCAGAUCGCACUGUUACCCUCAGCCUCCCUGAUGGCGCAACCCUUACAAGCCUUUUGGACACAGUGACAAAUCGUGUUUUGAGUCAGCACCUUAAGUUCCCGUGCAUCAGUAAGACACAAAAGAUGCACAAUGUUCAGGUUGCAUUGAGCGCUCUGUCUGAAGCUCGUGGUCUUGCCGGUACUGCCAUCGAGACAAUCAAGGCCGAAGAUGUUGUCAAUGGUCACAGAGAGAAAACUCUGAGCCUCCUCUGGGCGUUGGUUAGUAGAUGGGGUCUUGGAUAUCUGGUCGACUGGGACGAAUUGAAGAAGGAGACUCUGCGCUUCUCAAAAUGCUCGAACGUCGGAAUCAACUAUGCUCUCAAGGAAGACCAGCCAGAUGCAAACGAGCAGGGUCCUUUAUUGAAGGAAUGGGCUGCCAGUGUUUGCCAGCAGCACAAGGUCAUCGUUACCAAUCUGACGACUUCUUUCGCCGAUGGUCGCGUGUUGGCAGCCAUCAUUUCAACCUACGCCGGCUAUGUUCCUACAACCACAAAGAAGUCUUCGGACAAGUUGUCAACAGCCGACAGACUUCGAAACCUUGGAUGCAGCGAAGCUUUUGUCACACUUUUUGCCUCGCAAGCAACCACGAUUCCCAGCCGUAGCAACACAAUUGCUCUUCUCGCCUUCCUUGCCUCUCGCCUACUUCCUCUAGCUCGCACCCACAGAGCCGCUUGCAUCAUUCAGACCGCCUACCGUCUAUGUCUUGCCCGCCGCACCAUCUCAUUGCGCAUCCAGAAGAUGAAAGCUGCCGCCGAUUGUGCCGCCGUUGCAGCAAACAAACAAAGAGAAGUCGAAGCAGCAGUGAUUUUGCAAAGAGCUUGGAGAUCUGUCUUGGAUCGUCGUAUUGAGUGUUUGGAAAGAGAUGUCUUGGCUUUCCAGUCUUUGGCUAGAGGAUGGGGCGCCAGAAGAGCGACUGCAAGUGUCCUGGGUAAUGGAUCAGGAAGAAGAAUAAUGGGUGGUUGGUGA